CCCUUACUUUAUUUUCCCCGUCGCCAGUACCAAGAAGUAUUAUGCCGCUAUUACCGCAAACUCGCCUCUAUCAACCACCGUGAUUCAAAUCAAAGCGGAUGAUAAAGACAGUGGCAAAUACGGCAAGCUCGACUACUCUUUAGUGGGUGACAAAAACGAGUGUUUUGCCAUUGAUCAUGCGUCUGGUAUUAUCAAAACCAAGAAGACGUUCGAGGACAUUGACGACACCCAGUUACCUUUCAAACUGACCGUGAAAACCAGAGAUAACCCUAACGCAACGAAAGACUACAACGAAAUUGAAGCCCCAGUGGUUAUCAAUUUGAUAACUAAAGACAAUCGAAUCGUUUUGGUGAUAGGAGAUGCUAAACCCGACGUGGUUCAAAAGAAAAUCAAUUUGAUAACUGAUAUCAUUCAAGAGCAGUCUGGAUUGAUAGUGGGUGUGGAAAAAUUAGCAACUAGGGAGUUUAUCGGUGGGAAUGGUACCUUGGAAACUGACCCCGCGGGCACUGAUGUUUGGUUUUACGUGAUAGAUCCAGAAACGGACGCUAUUUUAUCCAGAAACAGUACCACCGUGAAGAGAUCCAUUUUUGAUAAAGCAGCAAUGGAUAAUAUCACUUUUGACAUCACAGGACAAAUUCAAAACACCGCUUUCAACAUCCACGAACCUAUAGUGUUACACAAAGUCAAAACGGCUUCCAUUUCGUCGUUCAACGGCGAAGUUUUCCCCUACGCUUUGAUAAUUAUAGCUUGCAUCAUCUUCGUUUUAGGCAUAGUCGGAAUUAUUUACAUUUGUGUGUCUUGGUCCAAGUACAAGUCGUACAAAGACCAGAUGCAAAGACAGUACGUAGUACCGGCUAGUCCCGCGCGGUACGACACCGUCUACGUUGAGCCGAAUUUGAAAGAAUACGAAACGCAAGUUUUACAAAUGUGUGUUCCUGUGGACGAACAGGACGACUACAAUGAUCUCCAUUUAGACUUCAGCAAUAAGAAUCACGCUUUUAGCUUAGACAAUGUUAGUUAUAUAAGUAAAGACAACAACUUGAAGAAAUACGGACAACAAAGUCCAGUUAGUAGUGAAUCAGCCACUACGGUGAGAGCCUCCAGUGUUGGAGAUGGCCAUAUUUUGAAAAGUGGCGAGCAUUCGUUGAGACGUGAUCACAUGUAUCACAAUAGGUCUUCAGAUGACGAAGAAAUGAAUGCAAGCCCGACCAACGAGAACGUUAUGUUCAAAGAAAAGAAAGACUAUUCGCAUUUAGGUUUCUCGUAUGAUCACUCGCCUGUUGAGACAACGACGGAAUUGUAGAUAACUCUUGUAAAGUCAUUCUAAUUGUAAUUUAACCGUAGUCUAAGUACGUAAUUACAAGGUUAUAGGUUGUAAUAAUUUUAUGCUGAUUGUGUAAUUUUAUAUUUUAAUAAAUGUUUUUAUUGACCUUCGUUAAAAAAA